UGCUGUCAGUGCGUCAGCUCCUUCCACUUCCCCUUUUUCACAAAAGGAAAAAUCUUUUUUCCUCUCCGCUCCAAACCCAGAAAUUUUUCCACUUUAUGUUGCUGAAUUCCAUCUGGGAAAAGAAAAUUACAUACAUAUAUACAUGUAUAUGUAUAUGUAUAUGUAUGUGUAUGAUGUUGUCCCAUAUUCACACGCGUGCAACCAAAAUAUAUAAAUAGGCACACCAUAAAGUUGCUUCCAUUUGUAUACUACUACCUUCUUUUUUCCUUCCUACGUGCACUUCAGAUUCCCCCUUACUUUUUCCCCCCACCCUCUUCGCCUUCUUACCACUUCAAUUCAUUAGCUUAGAGAAUCUUUUGAGCUUAACUCUUGUUCUAAUCCUUAAUCCUCGGUUUCUCCGCAAAAGGGUCUUCGUUGUUUUGUUUAUAUAUUCAUGUUUUUCCUCUUUUCUUGAGCCCCUAAACGAGUUAAAUCUUGAUCCCGUAAUAUAAUAGUGUUGUUUGGUUGUGCAUGUUUGUGCUCUGAUGGCUAGCUCAAGUGGGACUUAUAAGGAAGGGAGUAAUCAGCAGGGCCAUGGCCCUGCCUCUCCUUACAAUGGCAACUCCGUGCAUGGAGAGUGGGGUAUGCCAACUUUCCAGCACCAGCAGACCAUCUCCAUGGACUGGACUCCUGAGGAACAAACCAUAUUGGAGGAGGGUUUGGCCAAAUAUGCCUCUGAGUCAAACAUAAUCCGCUAUGCAAAGAUUGCUGUGCAGCUAAAGAAUAAGACGGUGCGAGAUGUGGCAUUGCGCUGCAGAUGGAUGACAAAGAAAGAAAUUAGCAAGAGAAGAAAAGAGGAUUUCAGUGCAAGGAAAUGUAAAGAUAGAAAGGAAAAGGUUGUUGAUUCUUUGGCAAAGCCUUCUCGCUUAUCCAUCCAGUCGGGAUUCUCUCAUGCACCAGGAAUGGUUUCUAAUUGCAACGACGAUACCAUCUCAUACAAUGACAUUGCUGGGAUCACCCGGCAGCUUCUUCAGCAGAAUGCUUGGGCUUUUAAACAGAUAUCUGCAAAUCUUGCCACUCAUCAGAUACAUGAAAACAUUGGUCUUCUUAGUCAAGCUCGAGAUAAUAUCUUGAAAAUUUUGACCAACUUGAACGACAUGGGCCCGACAAUGAAGAAAAUGCCUCCGCUUCCCAAACUGAACGAGGAGCUCGCCAACUCCAUCCUCCCUCCCACAACGUUCCAAAUCCAAUGAUAAUCGAGCCGCUAAUAUUGCUACUGAUUGCCGGACUUUAACAGAAGUUCCACACAGAAGAGCUGUUGAAGCAAGCUCCUCGGAUCAUCUUCCCUGACAGCAAAGGUGACAGCUCUAUGUGCUGAAAUUAGUGCUUGUUAUCUGUUCUUUCCACAUUGGGUGGGGAGGAAUAUUUUGUACCUUAAUACUCUCAAAGUUUAGUUGAUUCAUAGCAGAGUAAGAAGGUGACAACAUCGGAUCGUAUGUCAGUUGUAAAAACAUUACAUCCUGAUAAAGAAAGCAUGCAUUAUGUAGUUUGUUACUUUUCAAGAACUUGGACCAACUUUAUGCUUGAGUACGACCUAAUGUUUCGGCCAGU